AUGGAUCUUGUUGCACGUAAAAAGCUCAACUUGGAAGUUCUAAAGAGACACGAUGCCAAUAUUUGCGAUAUUCUGGACCAGUCUGCCCAUGCUGUGGUAUACAAAUUCGAUACUGAAAAGGCCAGUUGGGAAAAACUGGGUUAUGAAGGUGUCAUCUUUUUAACACAAGGAAAAAGCGCACCUUACUUUGGUUUAUACGUUUUGAAUAGACUCUCUAUAGAAAACUUUUCGUUGCACUUGACGGAUUUUGAGGAAAUCAACCUGACAGAUGAAUUCAUUAUUUACCUAACUAGUGAAGGUGAGGCCUGUGCAUUAUGGCUGUUUGAAAAAAAGGAUCGUGAACGAAUUUUAGCAAAGAUUUUAAAAUUACAUGAGGGUAUUAAGGCAUUACCAUCUACCCAACAACAGCAACAGCAAUUACAACAACAGCAGCAGCAACAACCGCCUAAACCAACGGAGUCCAAGUUGGAUAUCCUUCAAAUGUUGAAAAUGGCCACAAAUAACACACCAUCAGCAACUGCAAGCCCUCCUUUACAAUCCGUUGGUAACGAUCUAUUGCGUGUCUUGGGACAGAAAUCUUCCCCUCAUCCUCAACAGCCUCAAAAAUCUCAACCUCAAGUCCAACAGCAACAACCACACAAGCAGCGAGCUCUACUUCGAGUUCCAAUCCCACAACAAUUACCUCCUCAGCAACCUCAAUUCAUGCAACACCCGCCUAUGCCACCCAUGAUGAAUCAGACACCUCCUAAUUUUGCGAUACCUACAUCAGACAGCGCUGAUAGAGCAGGCAAUGGCUUACAAGAGCUCUUCGAUAGUACGAACCAGAGUAUGGCCAACUUGAAUAUGGCUGAACCACCACAGAGAAGGGUCAUGGCUAAUGGUGAAUUGACAAAGCCUUUCUACCCUCCUUUUGUCAACAUGUCACCUGUUGCGUCUCCAAAUAAUAGAAACCCAGGUGCUUUAUUACAAGCUCUUCAUGGUGGACUUCCACCACCACCUCCUUCUCACUCGCUUCCACCACCACCACAACAUCAGCAACAGCAGCAGCAACAAUCCGUUCCCAUGGGAAUGCCCCUGAUGCCCCAACAAGUGAUGGGGUUGAUGAGACCUGAGGUAGGUAGGAGAUUUGGUGGUGGUAGACCAAUGCUGUCUAAGCCUGAGUUUAUUCAACAGCUGUUGAAUAUGAUCCAAUGCGAUCCUACGUUUUUCGAUAUUCUCUACGAAAAUUACAAGGGGCAAAUGGGCCCUCCUCCUCCACCUCCUGUUUAA